AGGAAGUGGCGAAAGUCUUCAGAGAGCGAAGAAAUUUUCAGCAGUGCGGACGUAGGACAAGCUUAGUCUUCUCAGGCUUUUAUUUUUUUACAAGCAAGCUAAACCGAAACUCACAGAACCAAUCACUGGAGCAGCUCUUAGUGUUUUUACUGUACUUUGCCUUACAACCCAAGCGCAGCUGGUCCCCCCGAAAAGCACCGUUAGCUUGAACAUAACCUAGAAAAAAAGGGAAGGAAAAACAUUCAAAGGAUUUCCUUACACCUGCGGCUCAAGAAUAAAAAAAAGACAACAACAUCGACAACAAAUACAUAGUAUGAAUGUCGCCUAAAUAUCAUCAUUUCGAGAUUGCACUGGUCUACUUUCUGCUGCUGAUACCAUGGCCGCCGACGAAUGUCCUCAGGAUGCUCUGUUCGCGAGAUAACAGCCGGCUGGUACGCAAGAUAGUGCGCUCCAAGUGGACACCUAUAUUGGACAAGCAUCAGGUGAAGCUACCCCUCGAGUGCCCGCUGCAUCCUUUCCGGGAUGUGUUUGCCCCCAGACAGGAUGCCAAGCAAAGGGAUAGACCCACUCAGUGGACGUGUAGGAAGUGUGGCAAGAGCUUCUACCAGGAGAAGCACUUGGAUCUACACUUUGAAACGCGACACAAGAGCAUCAUCAAUGAGGCGGAGGAUGCCGUUUGCCUGGCCGACUUCUGUGACAUCAUGCGCUGCGAAGUGUUCGAGACGGAGGAUGCGUCGAGUCUUAAGUUCGGGGACCAGCACAUUGUCACCGACAUCGAGGUCUGGGGCGACUCCCUGGGCCAGAACUCCGCCUUGGCCAAAGCGAAUGCCGCCUACUUGAGCUUAAUACCAAGAACUUCCACAUUGGGUGCCUCGCGUGCCGCCAAAGUACAAAACCGUCAAUUACUCCAAGACAAGCCAAGCCAGGCCAGCAGCAAGCAGGAUCAGUCGCCGGCAGGUGAGCGAACACAUCCCCAUUCCCACCACCACCACCACCAGAAUUCCCACCACCUCCCUCGAGAGCGUCCAUCCACCACAGCCAAUCCCCUUCGCCUAGAUGCAACACCGGAGGAUGGUUCGGCGGCCCGGCCCAAGUCGGCGGGCGAGAAGCUCCUCCACAAGCUCAAGGAGCUGGGCAAGGCGCACCUUAAGUCCGCCGCUGCAGAACCCGAGGCCAGCAGGCAGAACGAGACGGAUGACGAUGACGACGAGGAGGAGGAGGAGGGCAGCGGACAAGCCGAGGGCAGUGGCCAGUCCGUGGAUCAGGCCAAAAUGGAGGAAGGAUCGGGUACCAAUGGGAAUGGCAACAAGGCCAGGGCCAAUUGCAAGCCAGAGGAACUGAGCAAGCUCAAGACCCGCUGCGAGCUGCUGCUGAGGAGUUGCAUCGGUGGCCUGCUGCUGUCCAUGUCGGAUCAGGCCUUCAAGGAAAUGGAAGAGGAGAUGAACAAGGCUGUGUGUUGGUAUCUGACCUGCGACCGUUACUGGGAGGAUGGCCCUUUGGAGCCGCGCGCCUUUCCCUGGGGCCUGAUCGUGAUCCUGAUCUUUGUGCUGUCGACUGGCAUCUGCUUCUGCUACUACAUUAUCUGGAUCCUGUUCGACUCCGAAGAGACGACAAUCAACGCCAACCACUACUACGGCCAGGGAGCCAUCGGCGGCAGCGGCGGGAGCAUCUACAUGCCCGGAGCAGCAGUGGGUCAUCACUACCAUGUGGACUAUGCCACGCGGCACGACCUCGACCUGGACGCCGGCGGGAUAGCUGCUCAACAGCAGCAACAGCAGCUGCUUCAGGAGCAGCAGUUCUACUACCAGCAACAGCAACAGCAGCAGGCGGCCUCUGCCAGGGAUUUGUAUCCGGAUCCGGUGCAAUACCAUCGGCACAGCCCGCGGCAUUACAUCGGCGAUCAGCGUCCGGUGGUGGCUGUGGGCACACCCACCCAAGGGGCCGUGCGCACCAGCUCCUCCAACGCCAACACGCCAUUGCACCAUCGCCAGCACCCGGGUCAUCCACCCCACCUGCAGCAUCGUCACUCGACGAGCCUGGCCUACCCACAGGACAUUUUAGACCGACGCGACUAUACAAGUAGCUCCUCGCGCCCCAUCGCCACCAGCAUGGUGGCUGGUUCAGGAUCGGUGUUAGCAUCAGCAGCAGCAGCCGGGGCACCAGGAUCGGGUGCUCCUGGCGAUGCCCAGCAGCGGCACUACAACACGCACCCGCGGCCGCUGGAGACGAGGCAUCGCCAUGUGGGCUCCUCGCAGCAAUCCCUACGUGCCUCCGCCUCCACGCACGAGAUUGUGCAGCAGGAGGCGGGUCUUGGUCAGAACGAGCACUACAUCUAUGUGACCUAUCCGCCGGACCUUAAGAAGCGCUACUUUGAGUAGUAGUUGGACGCUUCAGUGGAUCGGGCAGAUCCCGUACUAUGGAGACUGUGUUGCGGAGCCUUCGAAAGGGAAGAGAGAUGGAAAGUGAUGGGACAGAGAGACCAAAGAGCCCUCGGAAGGAGAGCCAGGAAACGAAACCAAAGCCAGAGAUCGGGAUGAAUGAUCUGGAUAACAUGGAGGAGAUAUAUAGAGAACGAUUUAGCGGAGGACUGGCCGCCAACCUAACCCCAAAAAGUUGGUUUUUUACUUUUAGCCUGCAAAUACUAGAUUUGUGAACUGUGCUGUUCUUUUUUAAUUCUACAAAAUAAAUUGCAAUAUUUCUGUAAAAUAGAAA